GCUCAAGUCCGAGGGGACUGGGAGGAGUCAAAACAAAUGUAGACGGACAAACUAAACGCGAGGUCUGGGACUUCGUACAACCGAGCCAAGGAAGGAGUGGGUCCAGAAAAGGGAGACAGCGAGGGGAAAUUCAAACUGGAACUAGUGCGGGGCUGGGAAGCCUUCGGCUGGGCCUCCGCGCUUCCAGGGGACGCAGGUCAGGGUGGCGGCCCCGCCGAGCGCCCUCCCGCCUCCCGGCGCCCCCCAUGCACCUGCCGGGCUGCGCGCCAGCCAUGGCCGACGGGAGCUUCUCGCUGGCGGGCCACCUGCUCCGCAGCCCGGGAGGGAGCACCUCGCGAUUGCACAGCAUCGAGGCCAUCCUGGGGUUUACCAAGGACGACGGGAUCCUCGGCACCUUCCCCGCGGAGCGGGGUGCCCGGGGCGCGAAGGAGCGGGAUAGGAGGCUGGGCGCGCGGCCCGCCUGCCCCAAGGCGCCCGAGGGAGGCACCGAGCCCUCCCCGCCGCCAGCCCCGGCGCCGGCCCCAGAGUACGAAGGCCCUCGCCCCUACUGCCCCAAGGAGCCCGGGGAGGCACGGCCGAGCCCAGGACUGCCCGUCGGGCCAGCCACCGGCGAAGCGAAACUGUCAGAGGAGGAACAGCCCAAGAAAAAGCACCGGCGGAAUCGCACGACUUUCACCACGUACCAGCUGCAUGAGCUGGAGCGCGCGUUCGAGAAGUCCCACUACCCGGACGUGUACAGCCGCGAGGAGCUGGCCGGCAAGGUCAACCUACCCGAGGUCCGGGUCCAGCUAAAAAGAGAAGAAGGGAAUGACUUGCAAGAUGAAGAAGCCAACAGCUCAUUAGACAUAGCCAGGAAGGGGUUGGGGAUUGCUGUGUGGAAAGGGAAUGCAGCCUACCCGUGCGGGCCCGGCUUCGGGGAUAAGUUCCCGCUGGACGAGGCGGACCCGCGCAACAGCAGCAUCGCGGCGCUGCGUCUGAAAGCCAAGGAGCACAUCCAGGCCAUCGGGAAGCCGUGGCAGGCCCUCUAGGGGUACUGGGGACCGUCUUGGGAGCCGACCCCGGGCCGAGCGCACUGUAUCCACAUCCUCUCUACCAGGGACCUCCCCCACCCCACUCGGCCCCUCUUUUCCUAUCGCCUGCAAGCCACCCGCCAGGCAUACCAUGCGCCUGCUCCCGACGCACGGGAAGAAGGGCGACUUUCAGGCCUGAGGAGAGGCUCUCUGGCCGCCUCAACACAUUUCGCGGACCUCAGCCCUGCAGCUGGAGGCCAACAAGCUGCCGGGCCCCGCUGGCCACGCCGCUCCCAUCCCCGCAGGCGCUGGAGCCUCCAGGCCCAAACAGGCUGAAGCUUCUGAACUUGGCCAUUCCCAGGAGACUUGGAGAUCCCCAGAUAAUCGUAACAGGGCAGCAGGGGCGGCGGAAAAAUAGAGGUUGAGGAACUUUUGUAUAAGUAGUUUCAAAGUAUUUGAGAGGAGAAUUAAAGGCAUGCUUGUUUUGUUUCGA